AUGACGCGGAAAAAAAGCGACACUGUGGCCUCCAAGUAUAUCGAAGCCGUAUCUGGUGCGGAGUUUGCGGUGCAGUGGAAGAUUUCGUCGCCAUGGCCACCGGCGACUAUCCUCUUUGAGUAUUGGCUGGAUCAGAAGAAGGUCGGCGGAAGGUACUGCAAGCAGGAGUUGUACAAGCGCCCGGCCUACAUCUACCUCAUGGAAGGAGCUAGGACAGUGGUCAACGGCCAAGAAUUUGUGCACAAAUUCGCGUUCGCAGCACUCGAUGUCGGUACACGAUGCUGGAUCUGCACCCGCAUGGACCACCAGCUCAUAAAAGACCUCAAAGGCAUGGGCGAGAUCACCGUGAAAGCUUGGUUCGUCAAGAAUCUCCAGACAUUGACCACGGUGGAUCAUUCUCUCAGCAACAGACUGAAAGAGGUAGGCAAGAUACCCGAAAAAGCACUAAAAGGUUGCAUGCUGUCCCAUCAGACCUCUCUUCGAGCCCCACAAGUAUCAGGGAAUGCAGCUUCGCAAGCCAGCCGUGAGUUCCUCGACCCGGAAAGAGAGCCAUUCGCUACGUACACCUUCAAGUAUCGCUCUCGGGAUGUGCUUAAAUCGCUUCUGAUCAUCCCGCGAACCCCCAGUCCGGUGCCUCUCGAGCAGCGAGACAUCGAUACAUUGACCGCCGAGGAAAUGCGCGAGGUGCUCUGCCAGCAGCGGGUGCGUGAUGAAGCAUCUCAACCCGUCAAGCAGGAGCGCGGAGUCAAGCGAGAGCAUGCGCGAGCGCGGAGCAGUACGUACACGGAUGACAGCAGCGAUGAAGUCAGCUUUGUGUCUGCCAGCAAGAGACACCGCGAGCACUACCGUACCACUGUUGAUGAGGACGGCACCGAGGCAAUUGAUCUCACCUGA